UUGUGUGUGCAUGGCAUAAAUGAUCUUGAAUAGGCGCCGGCUAUACAAACAGGAGGAAAUCAAAUGCGUUUUAUUCUUGCAUUCUCUCUACGAACGCAGUAGUGUCCAAGAGUGCCACGAAAUUAUAAUUUCACGACUCUUGCACAUGGUACAAGUUUACGUGGUAGAAAAAUAUAAUUAGUCCAAGGAUUUCCACUCCCUAAUCCAGUGAGUUUGCACAUCUCGUAAUGGCAACGUCGCCGACUAUUUUACUUUUAACUACUGCAGUUUGAAGUCGGCAUUAAAAAGAUGAGUUACAAAACGUGUUUGUUCGUAGCUUUGCUCGUUUCUUACAUUAAAAAUGGAGAAUCCCUCUACUGUUACACGUGCGCUUCGCCGGACAACUUAAUGUGCGGAAGCGAUUUUAGCACGUCCAAAGUAGCCGCACUACAUUGCAAAACCGAUGAAAACCUUUGCCUUAAAGCAUCGACCACAGUUUUGGGCGUGACCGUAGUAACGAGAACGUGUGGAGUGCAAGAGUCAUGCCAAUUAUUUGAUAAGUGCAACACCUGCAGCUCUGAUAAGUGUAACUCCUCGAGCAACGUUCAAUUUCAAUUUAUGUUACUGCCAUUAGCUGGCUUAAUAUUUGUUAAGUCUUAUUUUUGAAAUAUAUCCAUCGAAUGGUUGUGCA